AAUAUGAAGGCAUUCUCUCCCCCUGUUCCAUACCCACUGUCAAUUCAUUUCCUCUCUCUCCACAAAUUAUCAACCUCCACAAGUUUCAGAUACACAAAGUUCAUGGCUCAAUCAGAAGGAAGCAGCACUGGGAAGAAGCUUAUUCAAAUUGAUAUCAGUUCAGACACUGUGUGCCCAUGGUGCUUCGUGGGUAAAAGAAAUUUGGACAAAGCAAUAGCUUCAUCACAGGAUCAAUUUGAUUUUGAGCUUAGAUGGCACCCAUUCUUCCUUAAUCCUUCUGCCCCUAAAGAAGGAAUUAAUAAGAUAGAGUUUUACAAAAAUAAGUUUGGGCCUCGUAGUGAACAAAUUACAGCUCGGAUGACAGAGGUUUUUAGAGGUCUUGGCCUGCAAUAUAACUUGUCCGGACUCACGGGAAAUACUCUUGACAGCCACAGGCUUAUAUAUUUUGCUGGCAAACAAGGUCUUGACAAGCAACACAAUCUUGUGGAGGAGCUCUGCCUUGGCUACUUCACUCAAGGAAAGUACAUAGGUGACCGGGAAUUUCUUGUGGAAUCUGCUAAGAAAGUUGGGGUCGAAGGAGCAGCUGAAUUCCUACAAGAUCCCAACAAUGGACUCAAUGAGGUUAAUGAAGAGUUUAAGAAGUACUCAGCACACCUUUCAGGGGUCCCAUAUUAUGUGAUCAAUGGAAAACAGCAGUUGAGUGGUGGCCAACCCCCUGAGGUCUUUCUGAGAGCUUUUCAAGCUGCUGCAGUUUGAGGUUACCGGCUUAUAAAGAUUAGAAACCAGCUUGCUUUCCUAUCCUGGGGAAAAUAAAGAGGCUUGUUGACAUAGUAUCUACUUUCUAUCUUGUAUUUUAUUUAUGAAUUCCUUGAAACUCUAAAACUGAUACACAAAGUGAAUGGUAUACAGCAUGAAUGAAGUUUGGCUCUGUCAAAAUCACAUAGGAUAUAAAUGGGUAUGGUGAGAGUGUAAUGUUACCAGUGAAGUACAAUGUAUGACUGAAAGAGUGAGGAAAAAAUGAAUCAUAUGGUCUAUUAAAGGUAAAGUUCAGUUGCAGCUGUCUUAUGAUUCUUGGUUUUUAUUCAAGUGAAAUCCCAAAAUAUCAUGGGUUUUCUGCUUUUAA